UCUAAAACACUGAGUGAUUCUCAUUAUACAGUGUACCAAUAUAAUGGUCAGAAUUAAGCUCACUCAGCACAAGUUGUAACUUUAACUGGAUAUACAACAGCCAUGCCUCUUACAAGUUCUUUCAAUUCUCCUACAAAGGAAAAUAGAUCUUCCUUGGAAUCAGCCAGUAGCAUGAUGCAUUCACAAAAAGAAAAAGUAGCAAAAGAAAUAUUGAAGAAUCAAGACAAGAAUUUAACAGAAAAAAUAGAACUUGAAAAUAAUAGUGAACAGUGUGAAGAGAAAAUAUCAGUCCAAUCAGAAAAAGACACUUCAGACUGCAAUAGUAUUGGACCAGCUCCUACGAACAGGCCAAGUAAUCAUGAAUUUACAGAAACUGAAGAAACAAAACUUAAUGGACUUGAAGAUAAAACAAAACUGGAAGAAAGCAAAAAAUCUGAAGCAAUGCUAAAUAAUGUUGAGAGUGAUAAAAUUGAAUAUAAAGAUAUGGAGAAAAACUUUUGUAAUGAGACUUGUGACAGUAAAGGACCUGGAUCCAGUAACUUGAAAGAAACAGGACAUCAACUAAACAAACCCAAUAACAAGACAAAAGAAGCACAAAGUCAUAUGUCUGAGAACAAAGUUUCACAAAAUUUAGAGAAUGAAAAAAUGGAUGAAGAUAUGUCUGUAGAUAAUUGUGGUCUCUCCCCUAGUAUGCCAGGAAGAGGUAAAAAGAGAGGUCGUAGUUCAGGAUCAGGUUCUUCAGAGGUCACACCAGAACCUAAAAAAAGAGUCAUUAUCAAGGAGGAUUCAAAAAAUUCUAAAGUUACACACCACACACACCCAGAUUUUACAGUUCCAGGUAUCCCUCUUACAUUGGGGGAAGGAGAUGUUGGUCAGCUUGGACUGGGAGAAGAUGUCAUGGAGAGGAUGCGUCCAGCAGUUGUAAAACUGGAUGACAAGAUUGUACAAGUGUGUGCAGGUGGUAUGCACACAGUGUGCUUAACCAAUAAGGGAGAGAUAAUAACAUUUGGUUGCAAUGAUGAAUCAGCCCUUGGCAGAGAUACUUCAGAAGAAGGAUCAGAGAUGUACCCAGCUAAAUUAAACCUGCCUUACAAAGUUGUACAAGUUAGUGGUGGAGAUAGUCAUACAGCUGUUUUAACUGAAGAUGGCCAUGUGUAUGCUUGGGGUAACUUUCGUGAUGCAAAUGGAUCAAUGGGCUUAACCUCUGGUGGCAUAAGUAAAGACCCCCUUGAGAUGUGCCCAGGGGAGACUGUUGUAAAAAUAGUGUCUGGAGGAGACCAUUUAGUAUGCCUUACUAUCAAAGGGGAAAUAUUUACAGGAGGGUGUGCAGAACAAGGCCAGUUAGGAAGAGUAGCUGAGUGCUUUGCUGGUCGAGGCAGUAGGAGAGGAGUAGAUUCUAUAUUAAAAAUGGGGCCUGUACGGUGCAGAAAACACAGUAGUAGAAAGCAUGCCACAUUUUCAGACAUCUGGGCAGGACAGUACGUCACCUUUGCAAAAGAAAAAGAGUCCGGUGAUAUUUAUUCUUGGGGACUUAAUAACUACUUUCAGAUAGGUUUUGAUGAUAUGCAAAACAGAUUUAUACCAGAGUGGAUUCCAUCAUUUGCAGCUCAUAAUAAACAAUGGACCAAAAUCCAAGCUGGCCAGCACCAUACAAUGUUGUUAGAUGAGGAGGGAAAAGUGUAUACCAUAGGAAGAGCCGAGUAUGGCAGGUUAGGACUGGGUGAGAAUAGUGGAGAAAUGAAAGAGCCUACACUAGUAACAAAAUUAAGUGAUAAAAUCAUAGACAUUGCUGCUGGACAGUCAGUGUCACUGGCACUAACAGCAGAUGGUACUGUGUAUGGAUGGGGUAUGGGAACUAGUAGACAGCUGGGUACAGGAGAUGAGGAAGAUGUAUGGGAACCAGUCAAAAUGUCGGGGAAACAGUUAGAAACAAGAACUGUUGUGGGUUUAUCUGCUGGAGGACAGCAUACAGUCUUAUUAACAAUAGACCAAUAGACAACUGUUAUAGCAAUAGAAAGCAAUAGGUCAAUCUUAUUUGAUGAAUGGAAUGAAUACAGGGUGAACAUGUCUGUCUGGUAGGCUCAUAAGACCUUGAACUCAUUUUCAUGGUUCUUUGGUAGAUGUUAAGUUUUUGUGCUUUCUUCUGUUUUCCAGGUACUAUAAGCAAAACUAUUAUGACCCCUGUAUUAUAAAUAUGAAUUCAAUCACAAGUAAAACAGGGGAGACAAUUCACCAUGUGCACUCUUGUUUGACACAAGGUUAAUGUGUUACAAUAAUUUAUAGUGUCAUUGUUUUUAUUAGUGUAGUCUGGUUAUUUUAACAUCCUUGUUUCAAAACGAUUUUUUUCAUUAACAGAUAUAUCUUGUUGCAUAGCUCCUUGUCUGUCAUUAAAUCUAAUGUUUGCAACAUGUUCAUAAAAAAAUUGUUUAAUCAUUUUAAGUACUUAUGUUAGCCUGUAACUACUAAUGUUUGCAUCAAUGCUGUUAGAAACACUUUUUAGUCUGUCAUAUCUUUUGUUAGCAACAUGAUAGUCCUCAAAUCUUACAUUAGCAAUGCAAAGAUAAUCUUUUUUUUUUAAUUUUUAAUUGGGACAAGUGUUACAAAAUAUUUUAAAUCAAUUUGUCUUUCUUUUUUUUAAACAAUACAUUUUUAAGAUAUACAUUGAAACUUUGAAGAUAUCAAGAUUGACCAUUGUUCAUCUUGCAAACAAUAAUUUUCUGUCAAAAUGUCUGUCCAUAUUCUUAUGAUAACCACAUUAUAAUUAACAUGUUGUUUAUUUAAAAAAUAUGAUGCAUAUAAAUUCUACUUUUGGUUAAAAAUCUCUUAUUUAUGUCAGGAUAAUAUGUAUUCCAAUACAGAAUUUAUUUAAUUAGUGUUAAUUAUUGCUAAACAUGCUUAUAAGAGUAUUUCUUAUUUGGAAGCUGCCAUUAGACAUUCUGUGAUCUUAUCCUAGGAUUUUAACCAUGGUUUUAUACAGUUUUAUCUUUUUACGAUGUUCAAUCAGAAUCAUACAAGGCAGCAAACACAAUAUAAAUCAAUGGUGAUAUUGAUGAUUACAUAGAAUGAAAUGGUAUUGUAUGUAUUUAUGUAUAUGUGAAAUGCCUUGAGUAAAUUUGACAAAUUUUAUAGCUUUACCAAAUAGUUUUAUAUAUUUUUAGUGUCAUUGUUUUCUCCAGAUUUUCAAUUGACUUCUGUUUGAAAAAAUAUUGUUUAGGCUAUUUUGUUCCAACAAAAAAUGUUUUGUGCUAAAUCGUCAGAUUUAACAAACAAAAAUAAAUAUAUGUCAUACUGGAUUCUAGUGACAUGUUUUUCACUUAAUAUUUACUCUAUUCAAUACUAUAUAAAAACUGUUCGCUCUUUAAAAAGUUAAUUUAUAUAUUUUGGUUUUUGUUUCCUUCAAAUGUAAAACUUUUACUGAUGGCAUAUUUAUGUCCAACUUGAACAUAAGUUGUUGAACUUCUGCUGCUGCCCUAAACUAAGUUAAAAAAGAAAUAAUUUCUUUUAAUAUUCAUUUGUUUACCUCUACUUCUAUAUGUAAGAAAUUAUGCUCAUGUUUGCAUGGUAAUUUUUGUCAACCCUUGUUCAUAUUGAAAAGAGAUUCAAUUAAUUUGUCUUUAUUUGUUUGAUUUUUUUUAAACCACCUGCAAGGAAUCUAUUUGUACAUCAUUUAGAAUGAGUGUUAUCAAAAUGAAAUUAAGUAAUAUGUUUUGUUUUGAUUAAACCUGUCCUAUGAUAAUUUUGUUUCUUUAACAAUAAAACUUGUGGCUCAGAAAAUGAGGCUGAUAUUUUGAUACCCAAUAAAUUUAAAGUAAUGUCCUUGAAAAAAAAACCUCAAUAACAUUCUGCAUUUCCUGAUUUUGAAUAUAAAUUGAGAUAGGUUGGAACAUAAAACAAGCUGUUCUUUUAAUUACCAUACAUGUGGAUUUAUUUUAAUUCAUAUAUUUUCUGUUAGUUUAUCAUUUACUGUUUGUUCUGGCUUAAGAACAUCGGAUAUAUUCUGACAUCUCAGUAAGAAUGAAUUUGACAAGAAUUAACGAAUACAUUGUAUGUACCUCAGGGUCAAUCAUAUGUCAUUGUACAACAUGUAAAUAAGAUCUUGUUAAUAUUUUUAAUUGUCAAAUAAAGUCAUUUGUGAAAUUGUUUGUCUACAACAUUAAUAAUAUGUAUGUUACAAGCUUUAACCAUUAUUAUGUUUGAGUAGAUAGAAGAUACUUCCAGUUCCCUAAUUUUUUUCUGGAAAAUUCCUUAUAGAAAAAUUAUUAUCAUUUAUAGCAGUGAAAUAAUUGUAUGUGAGGAAGCUGAUAGAAUGAGUUUGUUAGCAAUAAUACAGCAGAUAUUAUUUUUAUAGUCCACAUGUACCUUAUUCAUUGAUAAUCAUAUUCAUUGAUUGAACAUGAACCACCUCUUUUAAAACAUGUUUAUUUACAUCAAUCAAUUCAUAAUGAAUUUUUAGAAUUCACCUAUUUUUAUAUAAAUUUGAAAUAAUCUUUGCUGAAAGUGAAGAUACAUUAAUAACUUGAUUCAUUUUAAGAAUGUUACAAUUGAUGUAUGUUUGUUUAUUUUUGAAAUCUGCUGCUCUUGGUGGAUAUGUAGGAUUUUUUUGUCAUAAUUUUGCCGGUGCUCAUUUUUUCCCUCAAAAAUUGUAUUCAGUUCAACAUUGUAACGUUUUAGCCAUAAUGUUUUAAUGAAUUAAAAUAUAAAACACAA